UGUCUUUCCGACCGCUCUUGUCAAUUCUCAUCUUGAACCAGUGCAAGUUAGGCCUAACCCCAGCCAGCAAGAGUUUUCUUUAAUUUUUUUUUCAUCUUUCGUAUUGCCCAUAUCAUUUUCCUUGAUGCUCUUGCCCAUGGAUGAUUGAUUCAGCCCAAAGUGAGUAUCAUCACCAUAUCUUAAACCUGAUAAGAUAACCUUCCAUCAGCAGUGCUUGCCCAUCUUUCCAUCGAUUUGGAUUCCUUAUCAUCGUUGCAUUUCCAACUAUCAUCCGGGCAGCUCAUCUAUUCGUCUUUGACGCCUGUCAAUCGUUUUCCAAUCAACAUCCACCCUCAAGCGACAUCCCUUAAUUCCUUCGUAUCGAAUAUAUAAAGGUGCCCAUCCUCUGCUGAUCCUCUGUCAACCUUCGAGUACACGCUUCCUACUACAACUUCGACUUGCCCUCAUCCCGACUCAGCCUUCAACUGGGUUUACCAUACAUCACUACACCUCAACACAUUAGCAUCAGCAUUAAUUCAGAAUCAAAUUCACAAAAAAAAACCAUUGAUAUAUUCCUGCUUCCUUCAAGUUCAAGCUCAACUCUCGACACCUAAUCAAGGCGCAUCUUCGCAAUGCAAUGCCAAUCGCCUGUAGCCAUGCGCUCGUCCGCUGAACUGAAGCGCAUGGAAGCAUUAAUCAAAGCCACUGGAAUCACUACCCCGAUAACCGUGUCCCCUUUUCCUCCCGUCCAGCUCGAUGUGGAAGCAUGUUACAAUCAACUAAGCCAUCCCAAAGACCAACGGCCGGAGGACAUUGUUAUGCGCCAAGCCUUGGAACUUUACUGUAGUUUGAUAUCACCACCCACCACACCGACGGAAGCCUACAAGUCGGGGUACCAAUCCGAACAGGAUCAUUUACCAGUUACACCAUCAGGAAUAUUCCAGUGCCGGGACGGUUACCGUCAACCAUCAAUAGUCUAUGACGAGCCCAAAGAAUGCGACUUCGACCCUGCUACGGAUCCAAACCGCCCUUUUGGAUUCGCUUCAGGCCAAAAUUUCUUGACUCACCAUAAUUAUUUGUCCCAUCAAUCACAUCAGACCCACUACAGCUGGUCUACACCCUCCACUGUCUCGGACCAUGAAAACAGUGAUGUAGACGAGGAUGACCCAUUUGCCUGCUAUCCUUCAUCUCACCCUCUCAGACGUAGUCAAAACUCAGGCGGUAAUUCUCAAGUGAAUGUGGCCCAAUGCGGGAGGUCAUCCUUCGAACCAUCUCUACACAAGGUCUCGCAUUCUUACUCAUCCCAAGAUCGGAUUCAAUUCUCUGCACCGCAUUCCCUCGGCCCACGUAAUGGAUCGUCUACUGACGUACGGUCUCCUGGAAGUAUCGCCCAAUCCGCUGCACGCCGGAGCUUUUUCAGUCCGCCUGAAGAGGCCACUGUGCCUGAACCCAAGCGAGCUGGCCGCAAACGAUCCUUUUCAGUGGUCUCAUUCGUCAAACAUCGUAAAGCACCAUCGAUUCAUGCAGGAUCCCUUCGUAUUUCCGGUCCGACGCCAAUUGAUACAACCCAUUCCACCGUAUCCUCUGGUACAUUUUCCAUCCCUGUUCGAACAUCCCAAUCAUCAGGAGCAAGAUUGUCAUCGGUGGGUUGCUUAUCCCCAGCAUUGGAGAUGAAUGAGGACAUUUCACCCAUCAAACCAGCUUCAUCGAGACCAAUCCCAUCGCGAAAUAACUCGAGAGCCGUGACUCCUCAAGACGAGGAAUCAAAUCCAAUGAACAUCUCUCGCAAAUAUUCUAGUCGCCCUGAAACCAAAUCCCUUUGGAGAACUAUCAAGAGCACAUCAUCUCGCACCAGCUUAAACGUCGAACGACCGCUCAUUCCACAUUUACACCACUAGAGCUCCACUGAGAUAUCGUAUAUAGUCUUUGGCUUUCAGCCUGUUCAUAUCACAUUAACAGCCGCGCUUUGUCGGCUCGUUGAUUCCAUCUUUUCUUUUCGAAAAAUUGGAAACUCCUGCGCAAGAACAUUUUUUAAUCAUUUGGGCUUCUUGUAAAUAUCCAAUCAAGCACCACACUCCUUUUGUCAUGUAUGUAACCUUGUGCUUUUUUUUCCAACUUGCUAUAUCAUCUCACUUUUACUUUCUAGAUUACCAUCUUAUUCAUUACUAUUGUAAAAAGGCUGGUCUUUUUGGUUUUCUUAUUCAUUUUGGGAUUUUGUUCUUAUUGAUUUUUAUUCUCAACUCUAUGCACGUUUACAUCCAAAUACAUUCACCUUCGUUUCUUUCAGACUAAAACCAGCCUUUCCG